UAAAAAAAAUAGUGUCUCAUUUGAUUCACUUAUUGCAAUGUCGAAACUUCCGCUUUCAGUAUCAUAGAGGUUGCUACGCUCCAUAGAUGGCUGAUCAUCGGGAAGAUACACUCGGAUUCACGGGAGCUUCGCUAACCGUUGAUUCAAUGUGAAGUCGAAAUUAGAGAAAGUGAGAGACCUAAGUUUCGUAGGUUCUCACGUCUCAUCAUAAUCAUGUAUAAGAAAUAUUAAGAGUUUCUUAUGCACGCAGAAAAUAUGUUUUCCAUAAUAAGGAUAUUAUUUUAAAUCAAAAAAUAUAUACAACAUGAUUUUAUGCCUACUUUUUACAAUACAUUAAUCCAUUGAGGAUAACUACAAAAUGCCACGCAUAGAUCCAUUAUCGCUACUCAAAUGUCUCAGUGUUUUACUGGGUUCAACAGGAGGAAUCAAAAGUAAAGAAGAAGUUAAUCGAUUAGCUAAUUUAAUGACAAAAUUUUCGAAGAAAUUGGUCUCCAAAUGCAUUUAUAUUCAAAUUUUAAAAACUACUAACACCGACCUACUUAGUCAAUUUAUGGCUGCCGGUGGAUGGAAUCUUAUUCAUAUGUGGCUGACCGAUGGUAUUCUUGCUAAAAACUGGGCAUUAAUUCAAGAACUUUUGGAACUUUUGUUAUUAUGUCCAGUGGAUGUAGACAGAUUAAAAAGUAAUAAUUGUCCUAAGCUUAUUAAAGGAUUAUCAAAAGAAGGAAGUCAUCAAGGUGUUAGAAUAUUAGCUAGUCGUCUUGUUGAACAAUGGCUGAAAAUAGUAAAAGGCGAAGUCGCACCAAACUCUGUACCAGCGCAUAUUAUGAUGACGCCGAUGCAGAGUAGCAGUACUGGUGCACAAGGUAUAAUAAUUCAAUCAGCUCAACAGCAAUCACAACAACAACAACAACAGUAUUCUAUUAAUAGUGGUAUACAAAAAGGCUCAGAUGAUGUGGAAAGUGUUACUGUACAUGUACAAGACUUGCAAUUUACUCAAAGUCCACAAUCCAUUAUUACAGCGACGCAAGUUCAACAGCAAGUGGAUGAACAACACCUACAAGAAAAACAUCCUAUGCAAUUACAAGUUGUAACUAAGCCACAACAAGCACAACUGCAACAACAAUCUAGCCAAUUUUCAACAAAAAAACAAUCUUUUGUUGUAGUGACUUCCCAAUCGUCUGUUCCUUUAUAUAAAAUAACAAUAAGGGAUGGGAAACAAGUUCUUACUAAAGUAGAGACUGAUGCAGCUAACAUAAACAGUGUUUUAACAUCAAAUAACACAAGUUUAGACGUAAAUGGGGAAAUAAAAGACACAGUGUUUACUUUAAAAGAAGAUCAAGGAAAAAGAGAUAAUCUUGAGAGCAGUGAGGGAGGAGUGCACAGUGAACAAGACGAUACGACAGAAGUGCAAUCAGAACAAUCCAAUCAUAUUUCUAGUGAAGUGAAACAAUCUACAAUAAGUUCUAAGGAUAGUAUUGAAACAGUAAUUAGUAACGUUAAAAUAAUAGAAAAUAAAGAUAAUAAAGACAUUGUUUCAAGUGACAGCAAUAAAUCUAGUGACAAAGAGAAUCGAGAUUCUCAUAAAAAGGAUGAUAAAAAAUUAGGUAGUGGUUCAGAUAAAAAAAGUGGUAAUCAUCAUCACAGUUCAUCAUCGUCAUCUAAAAGUUCUUCAUCUAAACACAACGCAAGCUCUAGCUCGCAUCGUAGUAGUUCUACGUCUCAUCGUUCUAGUAGUCACCGUUCUUCAUCGAGCAGUACAUCAAAAAGUUCCACUUCUAAGGAUAAGUCUUCCAGGGAAAAGCAUCACUCCAAUUCAUCCAGUAAGCAUAAUUCUAAUAAUAAAAAUAAAACUGACAAAGAGAAAGAGAGAGAAAAAGAAAGACAAAAAAAGGAUCAAGCAGAGAAAGAUAAAGCUACAUUAGAGAAAGUACAAGGUCAAGUUUUAAGUUCCAAGUUAGGAAAAAUACCUAAGAAAAAAUCGGAAGACAAUAAAACAGGAGACGGAAGCAAGAAGUUAAUCACUGAUUCUCGAGAUAGUUCUAAAGAAAAUAAGGAUAAAAUAGAAGGGAAAAAGUCUGUUAUUAUGUCAGAAAAAAAGAAUAUUUCCAUUUCCAUCGAGAGCAGAAAAAAUACACAGGACUCAACAGCAAGACCAAAGACUGUCAAAACGUUUAACUCUAAGUUUAGGUCUACUGGUCUUGAAGAAGAAGUUAAACCUCCACCGCCCAGAUCAGCUAAAAAAUCAAGCCCUGUUGCUGAUAAAAAGAUGAUGCCUCUUCCAAAAUUGCCUGUUUUGAAGAGACCUUCUCCGCUAAGAGAGGUACUUGGCCCUUCAGAUAAAAGAGCAAAAUUGUCAUUGGAUUCUCCGACUACACCACCAAAUGAGGAGAAGAAAGGAGGCAUUAAAUUGAUACCGCCUAAACCUAAACCGAUGAUGCUACAAGAAAGUGAUAUGUUUAUGGAUGCAUUAACUGCAUCGACAAAAAGUAAAGAACCAAGGAAACGAAAACGUAGAACUUCAAUAACGAAGGAAGGCUCGACGGAUUUGAAAAAACAGGAAUUAAGUAUUUCUGAUAAUCGCGAAAUUACACCACCACCUACGUCACCAUCGAGUAUUGAAGAAAAAUCACCUGUUGUCGUCAAGCCUAAUUUCAAGUUUUAUCAAGAUACAUUAGAAACGGAAGAAGACAAGGAACAGAAAGAUAAGGAGAGUAACGAUGAAGAAAUUAAAAGAGAUAAAGAAGAUAUUAUUGAUAAUCAAAAGGAUACCGGAGAUAAUAACGAUGAUGAUGGAAGCAGCACACCAACGCCAGAAGAUGAUACCGAAGAAAUAAAAACAUCUGACUCCCCGGAAGACGCAUCGUCCGAUGGUUUGGAUUCACUGAAGAAAGAAAUUAUUCCUUAUCCUGAAAUUCGUUACGUCGAUGGUUUAAGAAGUGUUCUUUUAUUACAAAAACGUAAAGGUCCUAAAAAAACGUUAAAAUGGAAGACAGAUUUAGAAUCUAUACGUUACUUCGAAUUGGAUGAAACAGAAAGGGUCAACGUAACGAAAACUUUCACUGAUAUGAAACAAAUGGAAAAACAGAAUGAGAGGGAGGCAUUCCAAAUGGCAAGAAAAUUAAGUAAUGAAGACUUGAUGGAGGAGAGAACACGAUGGAAACCAUUAAUUCCUAUUGACUUACCUCCAGCAUUGGUAGAACCUGGUAAAGAUAGUAGAGAGAAGGAUAUCCAAUAUGCUAGAGAAAAGGGGAUUCUUCAAGCACUUUAUUUCAAUCGAAGCAUGAUACCUGAUUCAGCUGCGGAACCAGACGAAGAACGUCAUCAUAUUAUUACUGAUCCAAAAGUUAUUCCUUUAGAUGAUUUAACUGGCAAUAAGGAGAGUGAAAAAGACUUUACAAAUAUAACGUGGCCAGAGCCAAAACCUCAAUUACCCGUUCAGCCUUCCACAAUAACAAACUUCCAUUAUCCACCUUAUUCACAUACUCAACAGCCAAUGAUGGCACCUGUUGGUCCACAGGGUACAAUGAAUCCAAUACCUCAAAUUCCUCAACAGAUGAUGCCUCCAACACAUAUGGGGCAAAUGGCACCUGAAUUAGCAGGUCCAAUACCUGCUGCUACUGGUGGUGGUGGUGGUGGUUGGAGAACGGGAGAUGGAAAAGUAGUUGUACCUGAUGUAGCAAUGAAUCCAAUGGCAAAUAUGCCUGCAGCAUUUCCUCAAGGAAUGGAAAAUGGUCCAAUGCUACCGCCUGGUAUGAUGGGACCACCACUGUAUAAUCAACAAGAUGGUGGUUAUGGUAUGAUGGGGCCAGAAGAUAUGGGAUUCAAUAAUAUGAAUCCAAAUAACUUUCAAGGUCCUCCAGGACCAAUGUAUGGUCCUGGUCCUGGUCCUGGUCCUAACUUUCAAGGUCCGAGAGGUCCAGUGGGCCCAAUGCAUGUUAGAGGUAGAGGUGGUCCUGGUCCUGGUCCUGGUCCUGGUUGGUAUAGAGGUGGUUGUGGUCCUGGUAGGGGGGGAGGUUGGAGGGGUGGCGGUGGUGGAUGGAGAGGAAACGGUAAACAACCGCGUGUUUGCAUGCAAUUUACCAAAAAUGGUUAUUGUAGAGUAGGCGAGAAAUGUCAGUACCUUCAUCCUGGCGUUAAUUGUCCACCAUUUUGAAACACUAAUUAAUCUUCAUGGAUUUUCCUCCUGUAUGUGGCUAUCGAAUGAAGAUACUGCCAUUAUUCAUCUCUCUGAAAAAGAGAAUGAAGAAGAAGAAAGAACAACCAGUGAUGCGUCGUACGAGAUUGAAUUAUCACAGAACUUCAAAUACGAAAUAAUCAAUUGCUCUGCUUAAUUAUUGAUGAUUAGUUGAAACUGCAGAUAGCAGUAAAAUAAGUUGUUAAUUUGUCAGAUAAUUUAUUAUUUUUGAGUAUAAUCAAAUUAGAAUUUUUUUUUUUUAAACCACAACAAAAUUUUUUUUCUUGUGCAAUGAUAUUAUUACUAUAUGAUUGCAUGGAGAAUUUUAUCUACUGAGCAGCUAAAAACAGUUAAUCUUUUCCUUGAAUAUUCAAGUUCUCGGGUAUAUAUAGUAAAAGCACCUCUAACGAUGAGAAGAGAGAUUUAAUUUUCGAGAAAAAUUAUGAAGCCCUAAAAAACCGUAUUUAGUUAUCAUGUAUAAGAAGUAUUCUCUUAUAAAUUAUAUUUCAAUUUCCACACUCACGCGUAUACACAUUCGUGCAUUUGUUUAAUUAAUUAUUAAACAGAGUUAUCGAUCUUUAAAAAUGGACAAAAAUUCAUGAGGUUUCUUUUAACUGCUGGCCAGUUAAAGGUUCCCACAUAUUAACUUAACUGUUACACACUCACUUAUCUACAACGCACACAUACAUACAUACAUACAUACAUACAUACAUACAUACAUACAUACGUACGACAUUCAUACAACUAUGUGCCCUAUACUGAAGCAAUUAGCAGGACAUUUUAUAAAUGACUAUUCUUGUAAUAUUCUUAGAAAAGGUCAUCCAAAAUGUUUAAGCUUGUAAACAGGUUCUUCGAGUCUUCUACUUCAUAUUUAUGAAAUAAUUUUGAAGAGAACUACUAAUAAUGAGAUAAAUCUCUAGGGGAGGGAUAAACGAUAUAUAUAUACAGAUUUAUAACCAUGUUGUUUAUCUAUCAUCGGAUCGUCUUAAAAAAAAACAAAAAGAAGAAGAAGAAGAAAACGCAAAAAAUUCUAAUACUGCCUGGUUGCAGUUGUAAAAAAAAUAAAUAGUACUAUAGAUUAAAUCUGCAGAAGGAAAAGAAAACUUUACUACUUAUUAUUCUACUUUUGCAUGCAUUAUCAUUAACAAUUUCUCUAUGACUCAUAGAUUUCUAUCUUCUAAAGGAAAAGAAAGGGAAAAAAAUAAUAAAAAAAAAAAUAAAAAAUAUAAAAAACUAAAAAAUAAAAUUUAAAACGUAUAGCUUAUUGCUAUAGCGGUGUGAUUUUCAAAUCUGACUUAUAUAUCGCAGAACACCAAAAGUUCAAAUAGUGAAAUAAUACUUUUAUUAUUAAGAUUAUCUUGAAAACGAA